AUGCUCACGAUCCAGCUGGAAAACCAAUUGGCCUGCUAUUCAGGACAUGAACACCUUCGCGGUUGCGUCGUCUAUCAUUGCCCGAACCCGAUCGACAUCCAAGAAGUUCGGGUGAGCUUCUACGGCCGCGCCAAGGCAAAAGUACAGAAGGUCAAGGGCGCCACCGCGACCUAUCGAAGCAAGAGCAUUCUCUUCCAGGAGGAAAAGACUAUAGCCACCCCUAACGGCGGCCAACUGGCCCGGAAUACGUAUGAAUGGCCAUUCGAGUUUACCUUCCCGUCGCAGGUGGAAUCACCCGCAAAAUGGCCCGAAAAGGCCCCUUUCCGUAGCGAUGAACACCAUCCACUGCCUCCAUCCUUUGCGGUGGAUGUAGGGGAUGCCCAGCGGAAGCUACACUGCGUCAUUGAAUAUCGCAUCGAGGUUCAAAUGUUCAAACCGCAGAAGACCUUUCUGUCGAAGAAAGCACCAUUGUAUACAGAGGCACUGCGGGUCAACUUUUUGCCAUUGGCAGCACAGUGGGAACCGACGGAUCAUGGGGAUAAACUAAGUCGAAAGCACAAAGACGACGUGUUCACCGUGCGCAGCCUCCUCCUGCUGCCGGAAAAUCGGGGACGAAGUCUCAAGGUCGGAGAGAAGUUCCAGUCCUGGCUGUCAAAGAAGCAACUCCCUCAAUUUGACUUCAAGGCAUCUUUCGUAUAUUCCACCCGGGUCCUGCAGGGCUCGCCAGUUGCAUGUAUGUUGGACGUCAUCCCGUGUACGGACGGCUCAUCCAUGCCAUUUCCGGGCAUCACGUUGCAAUCGGUGUCGAUUGCAGUAAUGAGCCGAACCUCCGCACGUGCUUCUCAGUCGCUAAGGGGCUCAAUAACGGGAGAGGUGGAUGAUCGAUUGGAAAUCUUAUCAAAAACGUCACUAGGCAUGCCUGUAUUGGGGCAGCUCGAUUUGAACGAGACAUUCGGACCGCUCAUAUUCAGACAUUCAGACGUAUCCUUCAGCACAUUCACCAUCAGCCGGUCCUACCGGCUAUGCGCGUCCUUCACCUUUGAGUGCGUAGGAAAGACUUUCGAGUUCAAUGCGAAUGACCUCGAGUUCUUUAUCGUCUCAGAUGUCAUUAGUCCCACGGUACAAAUGACUCCCAUGGAGCAAGGCACUGCUAUUACUGGGGUUUUCGAGCUUGCGGACACCACUUCCCGGCGUUCAUCAUCGGAUGAGUAUGAUGACUCUCCUCCCUCGUACUCGAUGACGGCUCCGGAUCCAGAGAAACCGCCGACAAAGAACUAA